AUGGAGACUCCGCCAGACCCGCCGGAGGCGCAGGAGGAGCUUGAUGGAGAGCCCUCGUCCUCCCAACUCGUCUACACCAUCGCCGGAAUCCUGUCCAGCCAUACCUCCUCAUCUCCUGCGCUUCGCCAAACUCUAGCGCCCUUCCUCCCUCGGCUCGUGCCCACCCUAGUCCCCUCCAUUCUCUCCGUCGCCGCCGCCUCUCCUUCGUUCUCAAAUCCGGCUCCUCUCAUUUCAUUUUACGAAUGGUGGUCCGAUUACUCCGAUCGCCUGCCUGGUGUCGUCGACCGAGCUGCCGUCCUCCUCCCCUCCUUUCUCACUCUCCUUCCCGUUCUCUUCCGCUUCAAUAAGUUCGCCGACGCCAAGUCUCUUCUCGUGUCGUUCAUCCGCUCUGACUCCUCCCUUCAUCUCCACCGCUACCUCCUCCACCCAGGAGGCCGUUUCCCUCCUCUGACCAAAGCAAUUUUGGACACAUCCAUCAACGCCUACGUUCAUCUCAACCGCCCUCAGCAGGCUCUCCAGGUCUUUAAGGCCAUGAAACGCCGCCGAUGCCGUCCCAGCAUUUUCACUUCCAACAUGCUUCUAACUUCCCUCGUUCGUUCCUCUUAUCCUCCCUCCAUCCCCCUUGAGUUAUACCGGGACAUGAUAAACUUGGGUCUGUCACCAACGGUGAUCACGUUCAACAUACUCAUUUCCGGCUACUGUUCUCGCUCAAUGUUCAAGGAAGCUCUCGAUCUCAUCCCCAACAUGGACAACUUCGGCUUACUCCCCGACAAUGUGACAUACAACACUAUCUUGGACGGAUAUGGCCAGAAGGGCAUGCUCAAGGAGAUGAGGAAUCUGCUCCAGGACAUGAAACACAAAGGCUUAACCCCUGAUAGGAGCACCUACAACAUCCUCGUCUCCACAUACUGCCGUUUAGGCUGGUUGAAGGAGGCGUCUCAGACAAUAGAAUUGAUGGCGAAGUGCAAGUUUCAACCUGAUGUUCAGACCUGUAACAUGCUAAUUGGCGGAUUGUGCAAGGAGGGCCGGCUGGAUGAGGCAUUCCAGUUGAGAGGUGAAAUGGAGAAGCUCAAGAUUUCUCCUGACACGGUCACCUACAACACUUUGAUCAAUGGGUGCUUUCAGUGGAGAACUAGUUCAGAGGCUUUCCAGCUCCUGGAGGAGAUGGUUCAAAAAGGUGUGAUUAGGAGUGCCGUCACACAUAAUAUCAUGGUUAAAGGUUUAUGUAAGGCAGGGAAGAUGAACGAGGCUGUCAAGGCUAUGCGGAAGAUGGAAGAGGAAAAUAUAUCGCCAGAUGUUGUCACAUAUAACACAAUGAUCGAUGGAUUUUGUAAAGUUGGGGACACAGGUGAAGCAUACAGAUUGAUGGAUGAAAUGGUGCAGAGAGGUUUAAAGAUGGACACUUUUACUCUAAAUUGUGUCAUUUACAAUCUAUGCAAGGAGAAUAGGCUAGAGGAGGCACACAAGCUGAUCCGUGGUCCUCCAAAGAGAGGGCUUGUGGCUGAUGAGAUCAGUUAUGGUAUAGUGAUGACUGCGUACUUUAGAGAUGAUGACAUGAAGAAUGCAAUGAAGCUUUGGAACGAGAUGGUAAGUAGAAAAAUUCAGCCCAGUGUUUCAACCUACAAUUCGGUAAUCAAUGGGCUUUGUAGGUGUGGCAAAAUGAAGGAGGCAGAGAAUAAAUUGAAUGAGCUCUUGGGGAGGGGAUUGGUGCCAGAUGAAACUACCUACAACACACUCAUUCACGCAUACUGUAAAGAAGAUCUGGAAAAGGCAUUCCAGUUCCACAAUGAGAUGCUCGAACAUUCAUUUAAACCUGACGUCAUCACAUGCAAUAUUCUUCUGCAUGGCCUAUGCAAUGACGGGAAGGUAGACAAGGCGCUGAAGCUGUUUGAUUCAUGGGCGUCCAAGGGGAAAGUCGUUGAUGUUGUGUCCUAUAACACAUUGAUCAGAGGUCUCUGCAGAGAUGGGCGAAUUGAUACCGCAUUGGAGUUUCUUGUAGAUAUGGAUCUAAAGAAAUUAGAACCUGAUGCUUAUACUUACAGUGCCCUUUUAUCAUCCCUAUCUCAAGCUGGAAGGUCUCAAGAAGCACGUGGGCUGUUUUUCAGGAUGAUUGAUGCUGGAAAAUCGCCUGAAACAUCGGGUUUCCCUGAGUUGCAGAAAGUGCUAGCUGAUAUUGGAGUGGAUACAAGUGUAGAAAGAACGCCAAAUGAAAAUCGUCAAAAUGGUCCGUUGUCUAGUGGUUCUCAGACCUAUGAAGAACAGAUAGCCAAGCUAUGCAGUGCUGGUCAAUUCAAAGAAGCAAGAUGUCUUUUGGAAGAAAUGGAGCAAAGGGCUAUUUCAGUAAAUAAAUCUACUUACAUCACCUUGAUGGAUGGAUUUAUUAAGCGACAGAAAAGAAUGACGAAAGGGCCUCAGUAG